ACAGUUGUGCUUGGAACGCUUCGGAGUGAAGAUCGUGCUCGUGCGAUCGGUGCGCGUGAUAAAUACACGGCGAACAAAAUUGAGUGAAGAGUCAGUCAGAGUCGCUCGCAAGGCAAUUGACGAGACACGAAAAAUCAUAAUAAACACAAGUGGAAAAGCAACUGCUUGGGAGCUAAGCAAAAUAAAAGAAAUUGUUUUUUACAAAUCUCGCACGUAAAUUAGCAAGCGUUCGCAAGAAACAAACCGCAUACAACAAUACUGAACAGACAAAAAGAUAUUCAACAAGAAAACAAAAAAAAACCGAAAAUAUUUUGGCUGCAAAUGUGAAGAGACGAGAGACAGCGGAUAUACACCGAGUGAAAUUUGUGUCAUAAGCAGAGCCAAAACAAAACAAAACCGAAAAAGCCAAAUUCAAUAAGAGGCCAUAAGUGACUGUGAAACUGUGCAACUGUGCUACUGUGCAACUGUAAAGUGAUGUGUGGUAAUCGAAAAACAGCAUAAAGAAUGGCCAUAGACCUCCUGAUCCUGGCCCUGCUGCUCGUCUCGUUCCUGAUCAACCUGCUGGCGCUGUGUGCCUUUUGGAUAACGCCUGGCCUGAGGACCACCGCCAAUCGCUUCACGAUCAACCUGCUGGCCAUCAAUCUCAUUGGCUGCUGCAUCUUGGCCCCCACCUUGUUCCUGGGACUGCCGGGCAAGUCAGCGGACGUGGCCACAUCCAGCGCCGAGACCCUGGAAUUCUUCUCGAAGCCGGGUAACCAUCAGGUGAUACUCCGUCGCAAUGGCCAGCUGGUGGAGCAGGAUGGCGUCGUGGUGCGAAGAAACAUCAGCGAAAACGGCGACACGGUGGAGACCUUCUUCAAGUGCAACGCCACCUACUGCCGCGAGUUGACCAUCGAUGAGCGCGGAGAUGGUGGCUUCGUCAUCACCGAAACCGAGACGCACGAGGAGAACCUCUCGGCCUUUGAGAGUUCACCCACGGAGGCUCCCAUUCUGCCGCCCGUCCAACUGAGAUGUUGGUCCAUAGACAUGACGGCGGCGCUGGGAGCGCUGGCAGUGCUGCUCGUGGUGGGGGACACCUGGUGCGCCGUCACGGAUCCCCUGCGCUACCACAGUCGCAUUUCGGGCGUGAAAACCUGGAUCUUCAUCGCACUCACCUGGGUGGUGGGCAUACUCUUCGGAGCCCUGUCCGCCUUCCGAGUCCUGGACUUCGAGGCAGACGCCCUGUUCAGCAGACAGCGCCGCCUGGCAGUCACGUACCUGAACAUCAGCAGCACCAACAGUAUUUUCGGAGUGGUGUACGCCAGUGUCUACUUCAUCGUCAUCAUCCUGCUGCCCUUCGGCUUCGUGUGCGGCAUGUACUGGCGGAUAUUCAGCGAGGCGCGCGGCAAUGGGCUGCGAAUGCGACAGAAUGGAUCUUCGCCGCUGCUGCAGAGCGCCUUGAACCUGACGGCUGGCCAGCAGGUGGCCCAGGCCAAUCAGUUCUCCAAUAGCUUGUGUGUUCAUCGACAUUCCAUAUCCUCGGCCAGUUCGCAUGGCGGUAACAGCAGCCUGGGCUUGGGCGGUCUGCAAAUGCAAAUCGAUCAGCGCCAACAGCCAAGGAGUUCGCCCAGCUGCCUGCGCAGGGAUUCGGCCGCGAAAGUCCUUUUGCCCACCAUCUCCGAUGAUGGUGGCUCAGAUGCGGAGAGUGGCACCGGAGUUCAGCUGAUGCCCGUGCAGGAGCACUCACUGUCUGAUAGGAAUCAAAAUAUUAUGCUGACUCUGCAAACAGCCAGUGGUGAGAUCAAGAGGAACUACUCCGCCAGGCAGCUGCCCCUGUUGGGCACUUCGUCGCAGGAUCUGCGGGAGACCAAUCGCCUGCAGGGCAUUCGCCAGGUGCACAGCUCGCCCAAUCUGCACAAGUACACGGAACUCCGACAGGAUUCCCUCAGUGAGGAGUGCGGUUCGCCGCAUCUGCUGGGUCACGCCCAGCGGCAGCAGCAGCAGCAGUUGCACCUGCAGCAUCAGCAGCAGCAGCAGCAUCAUCACCACCAGCAACAUCACCCGCACUUCAGUUCGCCGCGCCACCAGCAGCACGGCCACGCCCUCCAGAUUCCCGCCAUUCACGCCUCCCCCAAGGCUCUGAGCUACAUGAGCUCCUUGCGACACCGCCUGAGCAACGCCAGUUCGCUGUUCAAGUACCGCGAGGAGUCGAGAGCCGCCCGCAUCAGCAUCCUGGUGGUGGUGAUGUUCGUGGUCUCGUACCUGCCCUUCGGACUGCUGGUGCUGCUGCAAUCGCGGCUAACGGCUGCCAACUUUGGCGGAUCCUCGCAGCUGGCCAUCUUCAUGAUCCUGCUGGCCAAUCUCAGUUCGCCCUUCAUCUUCGCCUACAGGAACAAGCGGGUGAGGCGUGGAGUCAAGCGGCUGUUUGGUCUGGACUCGUCGUCCGGCCUGCAGCGCAACUGCAGCAGCAGUGUGAAGACCAACGGAACCGCGGGACCUGCGGCAGGCGGGGCACAGUUGCAGCGCAACAGCAGCAAGUUGUCGCAGUACAGCAGCAACAGCUGCAGGUACCUCACCCCGCAGAGCUCCCUGGUCGGUCAGGUGCCGGUGCACACGACCUUGACCUUGAGGCCCAACAGCAGCUGCAGCACUAUCAUCAAUUUCGGCGGUGCCCGGGGGUCAGCGGACUCCGAUGAGCAGCCGCCGGCCACACCACCACCCACUGCAGUUGCACCACCGCCCACUCGACCGCUGCGCCCCAAGCUGCAGCGGGGCAUCACCAUUGUGGAGCACAUAGCCAUAACACCAACCACGCCCCAGAAGUUCCAGAAUCGGCGCGCCAGGCUCUUCGACAUGUUCUUCCGCAGCUCCAAGAAACUGCAGUCGGGCUGCCAGAGCCAGAGUUUGCCCACUGAGGUGUAAGGAGGGGGGGAGAGUUAUGAUAACUAUACAUUUAGGAACGUAGACAAACACUAAACUCGCUUGCUGAAGAAUUCUAAAAACAGUAUUCGUAAUUUGUAAGUUUAGCAAUUAACAAAGACAACUGUUUGAAUUUGAGUUUUAAGACCAGAUAAUGCUGUCCUAGAAGCUUCACAUGCCAAAAAACGAAACCACAAAGAAAGUCAAGCUAGAAAGUUUGAGAUGCUUUAAAGUAACACAAAAACAAAACAAAACAAAACAAAAAACAAAGUACCUUUUAAAAAAUAGAAGAAAACUGUGUACAAGUCAAAUUAACAAUGAUUGUUGAGAGAGUGACGGGAGUUAUAAUCUUAGGGUGGAUAUCAAACUGAAAAGUGGAACCAAGCCAAUCCAAGUUGAGAUCGUAAUCAAUGUACCUAAGCAACUUGCAUAUGAACAUUUAAUGUUUUACAUUUUACUCAGAUCAAAUCACAGGAAAAUAGCAAAGACAGCACAGCUUUUUCGAACUUCCCAACUUCCCAACUAGUUUAUUAUUUAUUGAAGCAAUUGUAAAUAUUUAUUAGACAUCCACACCGCAAAGCUUUAACUCCAAAAAAAGAAAACAUUCUGGCUAAACAAGAAGAGACGCAUACAUUCAAUUCAUAAGUUAAUUAAGUCAAUGUGCAAAGCAUAUGUGUAUUCUAGACUUUAAGUUGUAGAGCCGAGUAGUCUUAAACCGAGCACCUAGUGCCGAGCAGUGCUUUUUCCACCUGGCCAACUGGAGCGAGCGUCUUUCGCAGGCGGCAUUUUCAUAUUGAAAAUGCAUUUUGGCCAGUGCACAGUUGGUGCUUUUCCAGUUGGCCAGAAACCAGAAACCAGCAGUCAGUCAGCAGUUAGCCUUUGGUUAGCCAACGGCUAUUGGGCUAUUGGGCCAUUAAGUCAAUUUGCUUUUUAGAACACCGCGGGCAUUGCGUGCAGCUAAAUACCUCAUUAGUUUUAAUUUAAAGUGCGAGAUGGAUGGCGGCAAUAGGUCAAAGGUCGGAGCCAUCGACACGCCCCAUGCAUAAUGCAUGGAAAAUGUUCGAUUGCCCCUGGCAUUUGUAUCAUUUGCUCUAGUAAGCUGCAGGCCAGAAAGCUUUAUACCUUAGGUUCUCCUGCUUUCCCUCUUCCCCUGGCUGCACAGAACGCAAGAAAAGCGAAACUCACACAACAAAAAACAACCUCGAAUUUAUAUUUCUAAAGUUUAUAUUUUAUAAAGAGUGUGUGCAUAGGAGAUAUCUAUAAAUAUUCAUGCAUGUGUGUCGGACAAAGGAAAUAUUUCAAAACCAAUUAUUGUGAUGUUGAGCAAGGGGGCAACCAAGAAUGUAAUUUCGAAAUGCAUUAAAAAUAACUUAAAACAUGUAUUAAUAGUUAUACUACUAUAUACAAGCUUAUGUGUGUAUACAUACUUUAACUUUACUAAAUAGUGAUAUUUUUUCAAAUCUAUUCAACUGUCAUUCGCUAAACCAUUCGAUGUAAGCGCAAAAAGCAAAUGUAACAUAAAACAAAACCAAUUUCAAUGUGACAAAUUAGCUUUUAAUCCGAAACGAAAAGCAACAAUUGCUGGCUGCUGAUGCAACCCAAAUCCGGUAUAUUCCAGCCAAGCUGCUAAUAAAUUCGAAAAUGAAACACAACCAAACCAUACCAAACCAUACCACAAAAAGA